CCAUUCGCGAAUCAAUAAAGGCAGCGUCUUUGUCCUUCCAGACGCAUUGAGCAGUCUUUGACCAUCCAUCGCCUCAUAGCAUCACCAUCACGUCUCCUCUUCUCAGCAGAUUCCCUUUAUAGAAAGCAGUCCGUCUGCCUCUUUGCGUCUCAGCCUUGUAUAACAAAGCACCAACAAAGGAAUCGUCAACAAUGGCGUUGGAUCGCAUCAUCAACAUUGUCCUCCGAGCGGCAGAGCUCGUCUUCGCUACCAUUGUCGCUGGAGUGACAGGCCAGCACCUUCACCAGUUCCGCCAUGCGUCCAACUGGUCCCAAGGCCGCUUCAUCUAUACCGAGGUGAUAGCGGCAUUGUCCAUGUUCUUUGCCUUGAUAUGGCUUAUUCCCUUCUCGUGGUCUUUUGUCCAUUGGCCAGUCGACAUCAUCCUCAGCCUUUGCUGGUGGGCAGCCUUUGGCCUCUUGGUCAAUAUGCUGGAUGGCUCCUGCGGCUACGUCUUCGACUGGAACAACGUUCACCCCAUCUCCGGAGAUCAAUGCGGCAAGUUCAAGGCCGAUAUUGCCUUCACAUUCCUGUCCGCUCUUCUUUGGCUCGUGUCUGCUCUGCUCGGAAUCUACUGGGUCACCAGCCAUGGACGUCGCGCUAGAGUCGAUGCAGCACAACGUCAGAGCCACCGCCGCUGGUACCGACGAAGCCACGUCUAAGUGCUAUCAACGAAUUAGCACUGCCAAUAGCCAUAGACGGCACACGAUCAUUCAUGAUACCCUCACUAGUACUCUUUCGUUUAGUGAUCUUCGCCUUAUUGUGGUGUGAGAAUGAGGUUGGAGUUGGAGCUUGAGAUGUUCAGGGGAAGUCAAAAAAACGGAAAAUUGGUUUUGCUCUUAAUGAUUUAUUCGGCCCUUCCCUAAUCUACCACUCCUGACGACUUUUAUAAUGACUAUACCCAGCUAAGCUAGCACUUAAUUACUUAUUACUGCUUCAUCUUUGUUAUUUACGAAAUAAAUCUACUGUUACCA